CGGCACGUAUUUUUCAUUCAAGCAAUAUUUGAAAAAGGAAGAUGGCGGCCGCAGCGGUAGUUGAGUUCCAGAGAGCUCAGUCUCUCAUCAGCACGGAUCGCGACGCGUCUAUUGACAUUCUCCAUUCAAUAGUGAGAAGAGAUGUUCAAGAGAACGAUGAAGAAGCUGUUAGGGUUAAAGAACAGAGCAUCUUGGAGCUGGGGACCCUCCUAGCAAAGACAGGACAAGCAGCAGAGUUGGGAGGUCUGCUGAAGUUUGUCAGGCCUUUUCUGAUCUCAAUCAGCAAAGCCAAGGCAGCUCGUCUGGUCCGCUCUCUGCUUGACCUUUUCCUGGACAUGGAGGCAGCAACAGGCCAGGAGGUGGAAUUGUGUCUGGAGUGCAUUGAGUGGGCUAAAGCAGAGAAGCGGACUUUUCUUCGACAAGCACUGGAGGCUCGGCUGAUCUCGCUCUACUUUGAUACCAAAAGAUACCAGGAGGCCUUGGCUCUUGGCACCCAAUUGCUUCAGGAGCUUAAAAAGAUGGACGACAAAGCUCUCCUGGUGGAGGUUCAGCUGCUUGAAAGCAAGACGUAUCACGCCCUCAGUAACCUGCCCAAGGCCCGUGCAGCCCUCACCUCGGCCAGAACCACAGCCAACGCCAUUUACUGUCCUCCGAAGCUUCAAGCAGCGCUGGACAUGCAGUCAGGGAUCAUCCAUGCUGCCGAGGAGAAGGACUGGAAGACGGCCUACUCCUACUUUUUUGAGGCCUUUGAGGGUUACGACUCUAUCGACAGUCCCAGAGCCAUCACAGCUCUCAAAUACAUGCUUCUGUGCAAAAUCGUGCUCAACCUGCCAGAGGAAGUUCAAGCACUGAUCAGCGGAAAAUUGGCUCUCCGGUAUGCAGGCCGACAGACAGAUGCUCUUAAAUGUGUGGCCCAGGCCAGUAAGAACAGAUCAUUAGCAGACUUUGAAAAGGUCCUCACAGAGUACAAAGCAGAGCUGAAGGACGACCCCAUCAUUAACACUCACCUGGCAAAGCUUUACGAUAACCUGCUGGAGCAGAACCUCAUCCGAGUCAUCGAACCCUUUUCCAGAGUUCAGAUAGAGCACAUUUCAAGUCUAAUCAAGCUAUCGAAGGGAGAUGUUGAGAGGAAAUUAUCCCAGAUGAUCCUGGAUAAGAAGUUUCACGGAAUCCUCGACCAGGGUGAGGGUGUGCUGAUCAUCUUUGAAGAACCGCCAGUGGACAAAACAUAUGAAGCAGCUUUGGAAACGAUUCAGAACAUGAGCAAAGUUGUGGACUCGCUUUACAACAAAGCAAAGAAGUUGACAUAGAGCAUGUUGCUGUGGAGGAACUGUGUGGGUUUUUUUUUUCCCUUUUGGCCAGCGUGUUUAACGUGUUUUUAAAGAAGGGGACGAAGGACAGCAACACCGAAUCUCACAGACCGGAGAGUCCCCCACCAAUCUCCUCUUUUACCACAAGACGGACAAUUUCAUAACUCCUUCGGUUUGUUUCUGCUCCUCCUUGAUUUCGAUAUCUCUUCAGGAUCCUGUAUCACACUCAGCGGCCAAAUGAGGCAAUCAGGGAAUAUUGUACCACCACAAUAAAAGACGAGAAUAAAAGGUUUAUGAAUGCA